GCUUGCUAUAGUUUUGGUACUUCGCAGCUGUUUCAAGUACGGUACAAAUUUCAAAAAUUCCACUUUGGAAGCGCCCUCAAUGCUUAGAAUUGCCCGCCUUCUAACUGCAUGAUCCGAGCGCUCUUUUUAGACGUCUCUAGAGUCAUCUGCACCGCGUCCUAGAAGUGCAUGGCCGCAGCGCUCGCCUUCCGCGCCGUUCACGCCGCGUCGCCGCUACGACUGUCAUCGGGCCUUGGCUGCCUCAAGUCUAGACUGCCAAAUCGCGCGUCUCCGCUGCUGCGCCGUCCCCUUCCCCGACGAAUCGUCGCAUUCCCCCUCGCACUCGCUCAAAUCAUCCCCUCUCUCCCCUCUCCAGCCGCUUCGUCCAGGCGACUCGUUUCCGUGCGAGCGAUGGCGACUGCGACGAAUGCGACUGCAAGCGACGCGUCAGGGAAAUUCAAGAUCGCGCUCUGCCAGCUGGCAGUGACUGCUGACAAGGCGCACAACAUCGCGCAUGCGAGGGACGUGAUUGGCCGAGCUGCGGACCAGGGGGCGCGGCUCGUGCUGCUACCGGAGAUGUGGAACUGCCCUUAUUCCAACGACAACUUCCCCACCUACGCCGAGGAAAUUUCCCCGGAAGAUUCCUUCGCCUCCUCCCCAUCUGCUGCCAUGCUCGCUGACGUGGCUGGGCGGCGUGGCGUGACUAUAGUGGGGGGGUCUAUCCCUGAGAAGAGGGAGGGGCGGCUGUACAACACGUGCCUGGUGUUUGGCAGCAAGGGGGAGCUGAAAGGAAAGUUCAGUAAGCUGCAUCUGUUUGACAUCGACAUCCCUGGGAAGAUCACAUUCAAGGAGUCUGACACCCUGACACGUGGCGAGCAGCCAUUGGUGGUGGACACAGAGGUCGCUCGAGUGGCCGUCGGCAUUUGCUACGACAUUCGCUUCCCUGAGCUCGCAAUGCUUUACGCUGCCCGAGGUGCCCAGCUCAUCUGCUACCCUGGUGCUUUCAACAUGACCACAGGGCCGCUGCACUGGCAGCUGCUGCAGCAGGCGAGGGCCGUUGACAAUCAGUUGUUCGUCGCCACGUGUUCACCUGCCCGGGAUGACUCAGCAUCGUAUCGUGCAUGGGGUCACUCCACCCUGGUUGGGCCGUUUGGAGAGAUAAUUGCCACCACGGAGCAUGAGGAGGAUCUAGUGCUGGCUGAAGUGGACUUGUCUCAGAUUGACACACGCAGGCAGAACAUGCCCAUCGACAUGCAGAGGCGAGCCGACCUCUACCAACUCGUGGACAAGACGACCGACCAAUAGCCACAGUCAACCAACAUGUUUUCACAUGCACCUUCGCGAAUUGUAGGCGGAUAUGCUCAUCGACGUGCAGAGAUGAGCCGAGCUCUACCAACUCGUGGACAAGAGUGCCACCCACCCACUAAUACCGUAAUCCCCCCUACACCCGCCGAAAUAGUCACUCCGCGGGUGGUUUAUGCGGGGGAGAGCUUAUGAUAGGGUGCAUUUAGGAGAGCACCAUCAGGCAACCAUCAGUUAUACACGAAACAGUCUCUUUCAAGCAGAGCAUGAUCCUCGAUACGCAUCAAAGAGCAGAAUUUUACUCUACACUUAAAUCAAACUAAUCCAGUUACAAAUGCUGGACUGUUAUGAAAUGGAUGGUA